AUGAUUACGCCAUCGCAGAUGGAACCUGGUCAGGAAGGCUUAGUCUACAUCUGUCCACGAUUUCCUUUUUCACCAGGUUCUGACGCAAGCUGGUGGGUGCUACGACAGGACUACCGUCUGCCUUCUGAAGAGGAGAUUCGUUAUCUUGUCCAGCCAGAAGAUGUAUGCGCUUUCUUUAGUAUGCAGGCGGCAGAAUUACGACUCAAGGAUGCCGGUUAUGGGGAGAAGUCGCUCUUCGUCCUCGACGAAAAUCAAGAAGAAGAGGAGGAGAAAGAAGGGCAGGUAACUAACUACUGA